CUUCUGACAUGAAGAAAGAUAUAGAGUCUUUAAUAGCCCAGGAGAAAGCAGAGAUCGUUGCCAAGUAUGAGAAGGGCAGGCAGGAAGGAGCGCGCAUUGACCUGUGGGAAGAUGCGGAUUUCACGCUGUAUAAAGUCACGGACCGGUUUGGAUUCCUGCACGAGAAGGAGCUGCCGACCCGCACAGCCUUGGAGGAGAAGCAAAAACAGCAGGAGAUCGAACGUGUGGACAAGUGGCUAAAGAUGCUGAAGAAAUGGGGCAAAUACCGCAACAGUGACAAG